ACUGCCAUAUUGGGCAGCUGCCUCAGCUUCAAAACUAGAAAUGAUGGCUGAUGCUACGGACUCAAUCCUGAGUUGGCGCAUGUUAAACUUUCGGUAAAAGUACAGCAUUUCUGAUGGUUGGAAAACUGUGUACAAGAUUGUACUAAAUAUUGUCAAUCAUGGGGUUUACCACUUACCAUGGUACUGCUUCCUAGUCUUGCAAGUUGAAUUGGACAUCUAUCAUGUGGCAAAGUUUGUUGAUCAGUUGGAUGCAUUAAUUUUAAUGUCUGAUAGAAACAAAACAAAAGCAUAUGCAAUAAUGCAAAUAGCACAAGCCAAAGAUGUAAGGUAAAGAAGUUGGUUUUAUCGUGAUGGAGAUCAUUCUGCUAAAGAUUUUGAACCUUCUCUUUUCAAGCAUGGAGAAAUGUGUUCUUUGAGCAGUCACUGUAGGACUAGUUAUGAGAUGGUUCUGGUUUAGUGCUGUUGAAAUCUUUACCAAAGGGAAGUGGUCACAAAACCAUUCCUGUUGAUGAAUCUGAUAUCAGUGUGAUACUCCAAUAUGAGGAUAUUUUGAUGAAUCAAAUUCUUGGGACCACUAUAUAAUUAUUGACUGCAGAGGGAUGAUUCAGAUUCAUGUAGAAAAGCUUACUAUGAACUGUAACAAUCAAAUGAUGAUUGUUCCUCUAGUCGUGCUCUCACUGAAAAUUGUAUGCACAAAAAGGGUAAUUUUGCACAUGACAUUCCUUCAGUAAAGAAAGUCACCUUCGGUGUUGUGUAGGUUUAGGAAAGUGGGAAUUUUCUUCCUCUUUCCUUUUUUUUUUCUUCGUUUUGCAUUGGGAAAUAACUCUACUGGUGGGUUUUGGGGUCCUGAUUGGAAAAUUCAUCCACAGGAUUAGAAUUCCCAAGUUCCUGCAAAUUGUAUAGUUCUUUGUUCUGGUUUCUGGGAUAGUUUUUGUAACUUCUGUUGGGGUCCUGAUUGGAAAAUUCAUCCACGGGUGUCGUUGUAACUUCUGUUAAAGUCUCAAUUCUCAAUGUUGUGACCUGUGAGCUAUUAGCAGUCAAAUUUGGGGGCCCUAGUUGAAUUCCAUCUUUUCACUGUUGGAGCAAUCAUUUCUUGCCUUACCUUUUGUGUCGGUUUUGGUUUUUUUUUUCACUAAAGAAGUGGCUCACUAAAGAAGUGCACUAUCUCAGCUUUGGUUUGCUUUAUUUUCUUGCCCUUGUGCACUAAAGUUGCUUUUAAAUAACGGGGCUGAUGCUCAUAUACUUGGUGCACCAAAGCGAGAUUGUCUUUGUGGUGAGAAUUUUGAGUGGAAUCUUGCUAACUAGUUCAAGCUAGCCCUAAUGGCAAUCUCCCCUCUAUCUUUAGCCACUCAAAGUUUACCUUCCAUUGGUGGUUUUGGCAUGAAAUUUGACAAGCAUGUUCGACAGGAAGAAGGCGGUGAGGAAACCCUUGAUGAUAAGUUGUCUUUUUCAGGUUUGGUUUCACUGCUGCCGAAGGAAAGAGGAUGGUUAAGUGAGCACAUUCAUCAAUACCAAGGGUUUUGGUACUCCACCGGCGUCCUCAAGGGACUCUUGAUUCUGCAACAGCAUUUUCAGGCGCAACCAAGUGACAUUCUGUUGGCUAGCUUCCCAAAAUCCGGGACAACAUGGCUCAAAGCUCUCAUUUUUACCCUAACCAACCCGACAUGCCUGGAUCAUCCCGAGAACCCGCUGCUCAGCGCCAAUCCUCAUGAGUUGGUACCCAUGUUGGAAGGCUAUGCAGCCCAACACCCUGAUGAUCCGAGGCCAAAGCUAUCAUCUUCUUCUUCACUCAUGCACACUCACAUUCCUUAUGUCUCAUUGCCAGAAUCUGUGAAAGAGUCAGGUUGUCGUAUUGUGUAUGUGUUUCGCGACCCAAAGGACGUGCUAGUUUCGUGCUGGCAUUUUGUGAACCGGCUGAGACCAGAGACAGUUGCGCCAAUCUCUCUAGCUGAUGCAUUUCAGCAGUUCUGUAGGGGAGCCUCGCCCUACGGGUCGUUCUGGGAUCACGUGUUGGGAUACUGGAAAGCUAGCAUUGAGUGGCCUAAGAGAGUGUUGUUCUUAAGGUAUGAAGACCUAAAGAAAGAGCCGUGUGUUCAUACAAAGAGGCUUGCGGAGUUCAUAGGGCAUCCGAAGACGGAAGAGAGCGGAGGGGAUGAGGAGGAAAGGGUGCGGCGAGUGGUGGAGUUUUGUAGCUUUGAGAAGCUGAGCAACCUGGAGGUGAACAAGAUGGGAUCACACUCUGGGUUUGGGUUUCCGGUGAUUGACAACAAUAUAUUCUUCAGGAAAGGCACAGUUGGUGACUCCCACAAUCAUCUCACCAAACAAAUGUGUGAUGAGUUGGAUGAGAUUACUAAGGACAAGUUCAAGGAUUUCGUUUGAUAAUAUUAUACUCGCUUCGUCCCAAAAUUAUUGUUCACGAGUACAUAUUUCAUCUUCAUUCGUUUCCCUACCACCACCAUCAUCGUCCUAUCUAUGCUUUCUACUUGGAUUUCACCUGUUUGAAUCAUCUUCAUGUAUUGUUCUACUGCUGCUGUUUCACAAAGAUUCCAACUUUUCAAUUUUUUGAGUAUCACCGUGCCAUAUUUUUAUUAUGUG